GGGUUUAGAAUACAGCCACGGUAUCCCCUGCCUGUCGUAAGAGGCGACUAAAAGGGGGACGUAAUGGAGCGAGCAAGGCAGUAUUGUAACGUCAAUGCUAAGAAACAGAAGCAAAAGUAUGAAGUAAUGUAAAAUGUAAAAGAGAUGAGAUUUGAAAAAUGGCGCGUAUGCGUGAACGCAUCCCAUUAUUACAAUAAAGGGAAACAUAAAAUGAAAAUGAAAGUAGUCCAAAUUCGAUCACGGCGUUAUCUAUACAAAAGUGCUGGAAACUACUCAAUAACUUACCGACCGAUUUUCCGAAACAAGGUAAACCGCUGGUGCCAUCUAUAAAAAAACAACGCAAACUAAGCAUACGUACUUAUCGAGAUAUCGUUGAUCAAUUCUGAGGCAAUCGGUAAAACUCUAUCGACAUUAAUCACUUAUCCUCCGAUAAGUCUUAUUCACAUCAAGGAUGCAGAAAUUUAAGGGAUGCGAAGGUAUAAGGAUUAUAGGGAUAUAAGAGAUGCAGGAUGUAAGGGAUACGGAGUUAUAAAAGAGGGGAAGGUGGGGCAAGAUGGAAACACUGGGAUAAAAUUGCUCUAGAAUACUAUAUUCAUUGAAGUUGUGUCUAUAAAAAUAUAUGCAGUGUCAAUAUUAGUUUAUUAAAAUGAUUUAUUUACCAAGGGGCAUGAAGUAAAUACAAGUUUGUCUUACAGUUAUUGUACUAGUUUUAAUUAAUUUAUAAAAAAUAGAGUCAGAUGGAGACAAAAUUGCGUCUUUUCAGUAGUUUGUGCGAGGUGCGGUGAAAGAUGGGCUGGUAAAACAGACACGAUUGUCAUACCGACUGUGUUCUAACUGUCUCUGGGGUGUCUGAUACCCCAAAAUCAUGUCACAGCAAAGCAUGUCCAGUCUCCAAUCACGCUUGCGUUUGUGACGUCACGUCCACCGAACUGCUCACUUUUUCCCGCGUGAAUUGGAUAGUGAACACGUUUUGCGCGCAGUUUCGUACAAUUUUCAGUAAAGUGUAUCGUGUUUGACAAGUUAACAAUCUGCAAUAUUAUAAAAUCCGCUAUAAAUACCGUGUGUAACUUUGGUGAAAUAAUUAUUCGUACAAAACCUGUUUCCAUAUGCCACGAAAUAUUUUCACGACUACGGUCGCACGAAGCUCCGACGCUGAUUGUCAUAAACACACGUGUUGUUGACAUCGACUCAGGCAGGGGAUCGAAGCGAAACGAAAACAGGAUUAGGAAUAUUUCAGAUAAGUGGGAAACAACGCAGAAGAGUUAUCUGUACAAUCUGUGCGGCGCAACAGGGCAGGAGGGACUACGCUGAAUCAGAAUCAAGUGGGAUUAGGCUAAUACCUCGAUACCUUUUGUUUAAUCUGAUUGACCGAUCCUCGCCGAGCGAUACAAAUCGAGCCGCACCGCGGCCAAACUGAAACUUCAACUUCGCAAAGUGUACCGUGUAAUCAACGAGCAUUGGACUCGAGCAAAAAUGCAGCUUCAGUGAAACCGCACAUUCUACUCCAAAGAUCAACCUCCUCAACCUCAACGAUCCCAAACCACCUGGAUCAACAAUGGAGAUUCAGAAAUCAACAGUCAUCUCGAACACACAACCAUCGAAGGUCUACCCAACUCGAAAUCGCAUCAGGACACCUGGUUUCCAAAGUCUCCUGGACCCACUGGAGGAUCCAAUAUUUUCCAUCAAAGAGUAUCCGGAAUAAAACCAUCCGAUCCAAAGCCACGGAGAAGAGCUAAAGAAAGCGGAGUAUUAAUUAGAUGUAUAUAGCAGUCAUGAUUAUCCAAAUGAAGCGGAUCGGACAGCCAUGACAGAGUAAACCAGCCGGGGAUCAUCCGAGACCUCGUCCACCAUGUUGAACGUAAUGGCAGCGGUGACGACCAGCCUUCCCAGCCGAGUGGACCCAACUCCGACGCCUUCCGGCAACACCAGCACCUCGUCCAGCACAUCGGCGAACAACGUGACCUCGGUACCCGUGGAGAACCCGACCGUUGAGAAUCUACCGGAGAACGUGAGCGUUUUCGUGGUGGUGAUCAAGGGUAUCAUAAUGGGCAGCAUAAUCACCACCGCGGUUCUCGGUAACGCUCUGGUGAUCGCCAGUGUCCGAAGGCACCGGAGGCUACGGGUAGUGACGAAUUGUUACGUGGUCAGCCUUGCGGCAGCUGAUCUCUUGGUGGCGGUGUGCGCGAUGACGUUUAACGCGUCCGCCGAGUUGUCAGGUGGUAAAUGGUUGUUCGGUCGGUUCAUGUGCGACGUAUGGAACUCGUUGGACGUUUAUUUCUCCACCGCCUCGAUACUCCAUCUCUGUUGCAUCAGCGUGGACAGGUAUUACGCGAUCGUCAGCCCGUUGGAGUAUACGGUGAUCAUGAGGCAGGGCACCGUCGGAUGCAUGCUCGGUAGCGCGUGGGUCUUGCCGGCUCUCAUCAGCUUCAUACCGAUCUUCAUGGGAUGGUAUACCACGCAGGAGCAUCUGGAGUAUAUGGUGAAGAAUCCGGAGGUGUGUUCCUUUGUUGUGAACCGACCUUACGCAGUCAUUAGUUCGUGUGUUUCCUUUUGGAUCCCUGGCUUGGUGAUGAUAGUGAUGUAUUGUAAGAUCUACAAGGAGGCGGUGAGGCAGAGGAAGGCACUCAGCAGGACAUCCAGUAACAUCGUCCUGAAUAGUGUGCACCAUCACAGAUCCUCCACCAGGCAACACCACCAUCAGCAGAUGUUGCUCCAAGCAGCGGCCGAAACUGGCACUUCGAUACGGCAACAAACGAAGAGCUGGAGAGCCGAACACAAAGCUGCGAGGACGCUCGGGAUAAUAAUGGGCGCGUUCCUCCUUUGUUGGCUGCCAUUUUUCCUUUGGUAUCUAACGACGACCUUGUGCGGCGAGGCCUGCUACUGUCCAGACACGGUGGUGUCCGUCCUCUUCUGGAUAGGCUACUUCAACAGCGCCCUGAAUCCACUGAUCUACGCGUACUUCAACCGCGACUUCCGCGAGGCCUUCAAGGACACCCUGAAGAGCGCCUUACCAUGCUGUGCCAGUUGUUGGAAAACACCAUCUCAGUUCGUCUAGCGAGAAAAACCCCCGUGAACAGUCGCGUCGAGCACGUUCCUUGCGAUCCACAAUGGAAGUUGUUAUCAAUUUCUUCAGCGAACGAUUGUCCAGGUCCUCAGGGUGUUGAAAAUCACCCGCCUGCUCCUUUGCACCUGUUCGUUGGGUGCCAAUGAAUAAUCGAACGAUGGAUUUUUCAUUUUGUUUCACGACAUUCUCCUAGAAUUUUUCUAAAAUCAAAAACAAAUUGUGAAAAGAUCCUUUAUCUAUCUUGGGAACCUAGGGCCUAGGAUCUAGGUUCUGCUAAGAUUCUUCUAAGAUCAAAGGCAAAUGAAAGAUUCCUCCACCCACCUGUUCCUCAACUAAUUAGAAGAAUUAGAAGUAUUAGAAGAAUCCUGAAAGAACCUGGAACUCAAGUUGUAAAACUUUUUAGAAAAAGAAAUAUUAUUUUAUAUUUUUAAUCAGUUGUAUCAAAAUUGAAGAGCCCUGUACUUUUGAUAGUAGGUAUGUAAAGGUGAAUUUUCCAAGGACACGAGGCAAUGUAUUUAGGAAAAAUUCUCGGUUCUUAGUGGUCCUUGACCGAGAAAAUCGAGCAGGGUCGAGCAGCCGUUUUCGUUUCGACGAUUAAUCAGGGCCACGUUAAUUAAUCCUCGCGAAAAUGGAGGCCAAGCGAGAGUUUCGUCGAACGUUCGAGUGCAACGGCAUUUCAGACUGAUUUUCAUGCAUUUCUGGACUGGAAUUAAACUCUCUUCCAGGAGCUUCCUAUACGUGGAUCGCAAUCAGCUCCCAUCCCCCCUCGUUACUCGCGGUUUCUUGCGCGUCGGAUUUUCGAAUCGUCAAAUUUGUUGAAUGAAAUCGAGUUUCAGUUUGCCAGGAACCUGGCUCGAUUCUCGGUUCUUAACUAUGUGUGUGUGCGAAUGGACAGAUGGACAGUUUCGCUGGAGUUAUUUGACUUUCUCGAGGGAUUUCGUUGAUCUUUCAAAGAAGAGAACCAGAGUCGAACUGAAACAAUGGUGAUUCGUCGAUGGAUGGAUAGAAAAUUGUUUUGCACAAGAAGAGUGGAGACUAUUGCCAGAUUCGACGGCAGAUGGAACUCGUUCGUGGUUACUAGAUGUUCAUACAGGAUGGAGGUUUGAUGGGCCAAGUGGAAAUGCAUUAAUGGCGAUUCGGAGGACCGUGCGCGCAACCGGAAGCCCGAGCCUCGACGCGACCAUUGACAGUGACUGGCUGUCGACAAGCGGAAACGGGGGCAGAAUGAUAAGUAUUCUUCUAUGUCUUUCGCCGGCACGCAACGAAAUUGCAAAUUUCGACGAAGGAUCACGUGCCGGAAACGCGUACUCCACUAAACGUUGAAACUAUACAGAUUGGAGAACGGUUCGAAGUGAGAUUUUGCGUGCUGUUCGUCUGCCAGUCAUGUUUCUACGUCAGAUCAUGAAAUUUUGAUGAAUUUAUAUCGUACUGACAGAACUCAGUUGUCGUACAUUUAUAAUUCAUUUUAUUAUUUUCAAACAAAUAUUCGAUUGGCGACUGCAGAAUUAUUUAUUAAAAUCAAUCAU